AUGAAUGGUAACAUUAAAACAUUGCAUCUAUCAAAUUUGCCAAGACGUCCAGAAUCGAUACCCAAUUUCAUACGACUGUUACUAAAGGCUAUUAACCCAGUAAACGAAUAUGCACUAAGCCCAUCAUUGGAUCUUCCUACAAAUACGACUGCAUCAUAUCCAACAGAAUUGGAAUUAUUAGAUUCGAAGAAUAAUAUCAUUGCUAUUUCUAGGUCUCACUCAAAGAAACUAUCGUCGACGUGUUUUAUUACUUUUGUUACCGCUGACGAUGCAAAGGUAUUUUUAGAAACAUAUAAAUCCAAACCUUUAAUGGUAAAUGGGAGAAGGGUACUCAUAGAGUAUGCCAAAAAGGAAUCGUUAUUAGCAAUUGCUUUAGAUGAAACUAAACCUGGUUUAUUCGAGAAGAUUCUUAACACAAGACAUAAACAGAAACUGUUGAAACUUGAUGAAGAUGCCAGUGAAUUACACACAAUGAAAAGGAAAAGCAGGCGGUUGAGAAGUAAACUUAGAAAGCAAGGUCUCGAUGAGACCAGAAUUGCACAAAAGAUCAAAGAAUUUCAAGAUAUGGCAAUCAAAACUAAACAAGAUGAGAUUAGUAAAAGAUUGCCAUCUAGUAAACCUUCUACACAGAAACAACCAACCCAUAAAAUUAUUGAUAAUCCACCAAACAAUAAAUUACUUGUUCAAAAUAUACCGAAUGGAACGACAGAGGCUGAGAUUGAACAAUUAUUCAAAGGUGAAGGGUUUAAAGGAAUCAGACUUGUUGCAGUCCGUAAUGUGGCAUUUAUUGAAUAUGAGUCUAUUGAACAAGCUACUAUUGUUAAGGAUAGUUUAGGUAAGGAUCCUAGUUGGAAGGGUUCGAUCAUUUAUAUAACUUUCGCUAAAUAG